GUUUUGGGCAACCCCCACGAGUUCCCCCGCUCAAUGCACGCCUGGCGACACCUUGCACGCUUUGUGCCACUGGUCUCCGCUGCUGAAGGCUUUAGGCAAUGGGACGGUCGGCCCGCCCACUGCUCCACCGCGGAAUGUGCAGACUUCCGACGUCUCAGGGGGCAGAACGUGGAGCAGAAGAAGCAGCUCAAGCACCGCCUGAUCCGCCACACUGAUUUCGUGUACAAGUGCUUGAGCAACGGGCGCCUGGAAGACAGCUUCGAGCUGGGCGAGGAGCUCGGCUUCGGCUCCUUCGGGACCAUCUACUUGGCGAAGCAAAAGUCGCUGGGCUUCAAGAUGGCAGUCAAGAAGGUGCGCAAGGUGGACAAAGACCCCAGAGUGGCGGAGCUGCUGAUGAAUGAGAUCCAUGCUCUUAUGGACUUGGAUCAUCCCAACGUGGUCAAACUGGUCCGAUACUUCGACGAGGGCAACCAUAUGUACCUUGUCUUCGAGCUCUGCGAAGGUCCUGACUUGCUGACGCGCCUGGAGCGCGAAGGGAAGAUCCCAGAGAAGGAGGCUGCUAGCAGCAUGCGGCAGAUGCUGGCAGCGCUGAAGUGCUGCCAUGAUCAUUACAUGGGCCACUUCGAUGUCAAGCCGGAGAACUUCAUCUAUCGCACACAGGACAUGACGAAGCUGAAGAUGAUUGACCUAGGCCUUGCCAGCCACUUCAAGCGCAGCAGGAAGGAGAUUCGUGGGACCGGGCCGUACAUGUCUCCGGAGAUGUGGGAUGGGUUUUACGGACCUGAAGCCGACGUUUGGGGCUGUGGGGUGGUCUUCUUUCUGAUGCUGACAGGGGAACACUUCUUUCCCCACUGGCUUCAAGAUGAGGAGAUCAAGCCCCUGGCCAAAGACAGGAAGUGGAUCCGCCAAAGGCUGCGGAAGCUGCGCGACUCGGGGCUCUCCAAGGAAGCCGUGGACUUGGUGACCUGGAUGAUGCGCCUGGACCGGCACACCCGGCCCACCAUCCGCGAGGCGCUGCAGCAUCCCUUCUUUCAGCUCCACAGCGAGAAGGAGGCGGCCAGGGUGCUACGGAAGCACUCCCCAGAGUAUGCGGAGCUGGACCUCCUCGCGAAGGAUCUCUUGGGUCAGCUGCCCCAGCGCUUCCAAGCCUUCGCCUCGGAGCCGGUCCUCGUGCGCGCCGCGCUGCUUCUGAUGGCGCACGUCGGCGCCUAUAGCUUCAAUGCGUGUCGUGCUCAACGGAACGCAUUCUCUCAGCUCGACAGGACCGGGAGUGGGGGCCUUUGCAUGGAAGAGUUGGAGGCCUACUAUGAGGACGAGGGUCUGCCAGUUCCGGAUACGCUUGAGAACGCCUUCAGCGGAAUUGAUGUCGAUGACGACGGCUACAUCACCUACAUCGAGUUCCUCUCUGCCACCCUUCCCCAGCGAAUCCGCUGCGACGAGAAGUUCAUCCAUAGAGUUUUCGAGGUCAUGGAUUGGAACGGCGAUGGCUUCAUCGACGUGUCUGACCUUUGCCAGGCCUUCAUGGGCGGUGAGGACCCCCGAGGCAUCUGCAAGGAGAGCAUGGCGGAGCUGGGCACGGCACGUUUGAGCUGGGACCAUUUUCUGGAGCUCAUGCAGCGACCCAAAGCGGCCGCCUGAACGAUGAGAGACCCGGCCGCUUUUUUGUUGGGGGGUUCAUUCCUUUUGGAGUUGGG